UUCCCGCUUAUUGGUGAAGUUCCAUUCGAAUGGGGUCCACCAUCAAACAGUGUCGAAGGCAAAUUCCGAAAAGCAGCAGUCACCACAGACCACGCGAUCUGCUCUGAGAUCGGAGGGAACAUCCUGAAGAGAGGUGGGAAUGCAGUUGACGCCUCCAUAGCCGUGAUGUUCUGCUUGGGAGUGACAAACCCGCAGUCGAGUGGACUUGGUGGAGGCUUCUUGAUGACCAUCUACAACAGGACCGAGGGUAAAUGUCUUGCGAUUGACGCCAGGGAAACGGCACCAGCAGCAGCUCAUCGGGACAUGUUCAGGAAUGAUAGUGAUGGAUCGAAAUAUGGGUUCAAAGCAGCUGGUACGCCAGGAGAACUAGCAGGUUACUGGUACGCUUUCACUCAUCACGGAUCGGGUCGUGUUGCUUGGAAGGAUCUCAUUGAGCCGUCGGCAAAACUCUGUCGCGACGGUGUUCCUGUAUCCGAGUACUUGGACAACGUUAUGAAAGUCAAAGAACGGCACUUCCGUCUCUUCCCAAGUAUGAAAGCAUGGAUCAACCCGCUCACCAACUCCACCUAUAAAGUUGGUGACCUUCUUCCUCGAACUAAACUAGCAGAAACGUUGGAAAAACUCGCCAACUCCAAUGAUCCUGUAAAGCUGUUUUAUCGUGGUGAAAUGGCUGAUACUAUCGCUAGGGAAAUGGCUGAGGGAGGUGGCAUCAUUACCAAAGAAGACCUUGCGUCGUACAAACCAAGGGUUUACCAACAGCUGGCUAAUACGCACUUCCGAGGAAACCUUGUCAUGUGUGGUGGACCACCGCCGUCAUCAUUCGUUGUCACACAGCUAAUCGUUUCGGUGAUGAGUGCCCUCUACCCGGAGAAGCAUGGGACAGAUAUUCUCAGCGAUCCCAAAGCCAUGCACCACUUCAUCGAAGCAAUGAAAUUCGCAUAUGCACAGAGAACCCUGCUCGGUGAUGUUGCCUUCGUAAAAUCCGCAGAGACGUUGGCCAAGAAUCUUACAUCAGAGGCUUACACCAAAUGGGUCGUUGAGCGCAUGAAGGACGUAGCCCAACCAUCGGCAUACUAUGGAGGCAUAGCUCAAUCGCAGGUGCCCGAUCAUGGUACAUCGCAGGUUUCUGUGCUCGAUGAGUACGGCAAUGGCGUCUCCUCCACGACAACAGUGAAUCGAUGGUUCGGAGCAGCUGUCGAAUCUGAAGCCUACGGAAUCGUCUGGAAUGAUGAGAUGGACGAUUUUUCCACACCCGGAAUGGCUAAUGGGUUCGGAUUUGCUCCAUCAGAAACGAAUUUCAUUGAACCUGGCAAACGGCCAAUGAGCAGCAUGAGUCCCAUGGUGAUUUUCGAUGAAGAAACGAAAGAGGUAUUGAUGGUUAUUGGAGGCUCUGGUGGCUCGAAAAUUAUUUCAGCUGUAGCCAAGGCAAUUGUUCGUCCCCUAAUUUUCGGCGAGAGUAUAAAACAGGCGAUCGACUCGCCGAUGGUCCAUAACCAAUUCACUCCUGACAUCACACAGAUUGAUGACUCUUUUCCAAAGGUUGAACUUUUUGAUUUUGGAGGUGAGACUUGUACUGCAAUCCUAAGGAGCGAUGUUUCGUGGUGUGGGAGCUAA